AUGGCAGCAAUCAUGCCGCGUCUUCCAGACGCAGCCCAGAACAUUUUCCAGCAGCCACAAUCGCAACAAUUUCGUCCGUCGAAUCCUUACCAGACUCAGUAUCUCAACCGUCAAUCAUCACCACCAAACAACGGCAACAUGCUGAAGCAGCACUCGCCUCCGUCGCCCUCGGGCUUUCCGUCGCGGCGGCGUGGUAAUGCUCCGCUCUUUGUCCCUGCCGUCUUGCGCCCCAACGAGUUUCCGUCGCGAGAGCCUCACGAGCAUCGCGCCCAUGCAAGUGUCGAUUUGCCGUCCUCCGCCCCUAGAUCUUCUCCUGGCUCGGGCUUCAUCAACCUCGCCGGCAUUGGUGCCAUCAGCAUAAGUCGCUUCGCGCGCAGGUCAUCUGCCGACAGCAAUAGCUUCGUCGAGUCCGAACUGGACAAGAAGCUGUUCCCGCCCGUCACGGCAGAGCCAAAGCGCAGUCACUGGAAGCCCGACGAGUCUGCUACCGUGUGCGAUCACCCAAGCUGUACAAGGCGUUUUGGAUACUUUACACGUCGUCAUCACUGUCGCAGCUGUGGUAACAUUUACUGCGACCCUCACUCAUCCUAUCAGAUCCCCCUGGACGAGGACGCGCAAUAUAACCCUCGUGGACAGCUAAGCCGUGCCUGCGGCAUCUGCUUCGACCAGUUCCGCGUCUGGUCCUCCAGCAGCAGCAAGGCUUCCAGCGACACGUCCUCCACACGUCCGUCGACGCGGGUGACCGAAGCCGGAUCAGCUUCCACCGCUCCCAGUAGCCCCGUCUCCACAGCCGCUGUUCCGGUUCAUCCGCAUGGCGGGAGCAAGGGGAGCGCACCAACGCAGGCACCUUAUAUGGAUGUCGCUCAAAGCGUUCCCCGUGACUGGAACUGGAGCACGUUUUAG